AUGGCGCCAACCAACACUUGCAGCUUAACAAAAAUCGCAAAGGAUAAAAUCAAAUUGAGAAAGCCAGUGGUGGAAAAGAUGCGCAGAGACCGCAUUAACAUCAGCAUCGAAAAACUUAAACUACUUCUCAAAAGAGAACUGAAAGCUGUUCAGCCACAAGGAAAAGUAGAGAAAGCCGAUAUCCUUGAGAUGACGGUACUCUACUUGAGAAACAACACGCAAUUACCGCUGACUUCAAACACUUCGGGGCAGAGCUACGCCAGGGGAUUCUCUAAGUGUCUGGAAGAAAGUCUGCGCUUCCUCUCUAUGCACAAUCAGCUUAAAGAUAAAAAAGCUGCAUUCAGUUCACAUCGAGAAAAGCAAACAGAAGCUACCCGAAGCACAACCAAAAGUAUCCCUGUGCAGCCACUUUGGCGACCAUGGUGA